GAGUUCUACCUUUUGCCUUAUAUACCCUUCAGGUGGUGACUGUGUUUGCUUCAUUAAGUAUUUGCUGUAGGAGACGUUCAGUGCCAAUUAUUAUAAUUACAGACGAUCUUCGUUGACAAUUAAAGUGAAUGAGAUAGAACAAAAAAAAUAUUUUAUGACAGGGAAAAUACAUGUGACGAAGGAUUUGUAAAUUUCAUAUAUAUACAUAUAAUUAUACGGAAUAACUCACACUGGUGUCUCACUCGACAACACAAUUUAGCAAAUUUCUAGACAGCAGCAAGUAAAAUAUGUCAGAGCCACUUACAUUGCCACCUUGUCGAGUGUGUGGAGGAACAGCCACAGGAAUUCAUUAUGGAGUCAACACAUGCGAGGCAUGUAAGGCAUUUUUCCGGAGGUCUUUGGUAGAAAACAACAAGUAUGUCUGCCCAAGAGAUGGUGACUGCAAGAUUAUCAACCACAAAAGAGCUAACUGUUCUGCCUGUAGACUUAAAAAAUGUCUGGAGUUGGGAAUGUCAAAAAAAGCUGUACGUCAUGGUCGAUACACUGUUGCCAUUAGAACCAAGACCAUUUUGGAAGUGAAACAACUUGAGAGGGAAAAAGCAUUGCACGAUAACUUUGCUAUGGCUGAUUCGGUUGCUGAAAAGUUACCAGAAAUUAUCUCAGUACCAGAAAGCGACCUAGUUCAAGAUUCCUCUGUGCAUGAUAACAUUGUAUCUUUCAUGCUAGAAAGUUCAGACAAAUAUUCCUCAUUAAUGGAGAGGACAAAUUUCACAUCAAAUGACACUUUACAAUCAUCAGUUAUUGGCAGUAGCAUUAUGUCUGUAAGUGAUUCCUUUCAGUCUGCCAGUAAUUCCUUUCAGUCUGCCAGUAAUUCCUUACAGUCUGCCAUUGAAGACAAUCAUGAAAACAUGACAUCACUAGAACCAUCAUCUUUGUUUGCAUCAAUUGAAAAUGGGAUAGACUUUGAUAUGUUCACAGACCCGAAUGGCCUUGACAUUAUAAACUCAACUGACCAUGACAUUGAGAAUAUUGAAAUAUCUGGAUUAGACAUGUUCUUAAAUGGCCAGAAUGUGGACACAUCAGAUAAGAUAGAUUUCUUGGAAUUGAAUCCAGAUGAAUUGAUAGAUCUGACUCAAGAGUUAGUUGACGUUUUCACUCCCCAGACUACAACCACCACUGAAAUACCACAACAGCACAGUCCACAGAGUAUAGCCAGUAGUCCCUACAGUGUGCAACAGUAUAGUCCAGAUACUACCACAUUAGAUGAGAGUAUGUCAUCACAGUUUGGAUCUCCAAGUACAUCAUGCAUUGAAUUGGUGUCCAAUUCGAGUAGUUUAUCAUCAAGGAAGAAUACACAUUCAUCAUUUGAGCAAGAGUUCUAUAGCAUGACACCUCGUCCACAAAAGAAGCUGAGAGCUUCAUUCAACUUAGCAGAUGACAUGGAACAACUACAAUUGAUAAAUACCAUGGUUUCUGCACAAGAAAUAUUAUAUCCUGGAAUGAGGAAACAUUUCCAGAAAGAGUACACAGCUGUCAUUCACAGGGAGUUUUGGGAGAAAACCCAGUUACAGAAUGAACUAUUUGGUCAGUUGAAGAGUCUGUCAACAACUGAAUACAACAACUUUUUCAUGGUGACUGGUAUUGAUCUUGAUGGACGUAUUGGCAUGUUUACCAAAGUUGCAGAAUCUAUGCAGAAAGAAAUCGUCAAAUAUAUUUCCUUUGUCAAGUCAAUACCUGGCUGGGAAGAUGUUCAUAAUAAUGAUAAACUCACACUUAUCAAAGCCGCUAGAUUUGAGUAUUGGUUACUUGGAAAGUUCCUCACAAAUAAUCCUGAUAUGAAAUUUGCAGCUGAUGAAAAUAGUGGACUCACUCAUAAGCAAGUUGAACAAAUGUGGGGAAGUCCUGAAAAUAUUGAAAUUGUAAAUAACUUCACAAGGAAGAUAAAGAAACUUGAUUUAACAUUUGAAGAGAUUGCUUUGCUUAGAGGAGUUGUUGUUCUGUCUAGAGAUCGGUGUUCUCUUCGUGAACCAGAAAUUGUAGAGAAACUUCAAUGGAAAAUUAUACAAUCUUUUAUUCACCUUGUGAAGAAGACACAUCCAAAUGAACAAUUGAGGUUUGCUCGUUGUAUGGACAAACUUACACAAUUGAGAGAACUUACAGAGGUUAACUACAAAACAAAUAAAAACCUAGAGAACUUCCAAAAGUCUAUGAUUCAGAAUUAUCCAUUGUUGUAUGAAUGUGUAACAUUUGAGGGUUAAAACAGCUAACAGCAUAAUAUGAGGCAGAAAUUCGUGAUUUUAAAGUAUUUGUAGCCAUUUGGAUUCAAUUAAAUGUUGUGAAUAGUUCACGUUUUGAUAUGUCAGCUUCAGCUUUUAGUGCUAAGUAUUUUGUCAAAUGCAUCUAACGUGUAAGCAAUGUCGAUUCCUAUGCAAAAUUCCGUACAACAGCUAGAAAUUGUUAUUUUAAUACUCAAGCAUGAAAAUAUCAGAAAAGUAUAAAAAAAAAAAAAAAAACCAUUUUAACCUGUUUUAAACAAAUGCCCGAUAGGGUACAUUAUAUGAUCUAUUUUUUAAGAUAAGUGUUUAGAUUUGUUAUGAGUGUCUUAUUUCAAACGUCUUGGGGCCGAGAUAGUUUAAAUCUAAAAAUCGAGUAUUUAAAUUUUUAAAGUAGAAAAUGUCUCUGUGAUCCGCUUUAUCACAAGAAUGUAGUGUAAAUACCAAUGGCAUUGUGACUUUAUGCAAUAUUCUACAACUUUAUCAUUUGUAAAUGGAUUUGAUCCCAGUUAAGAAUAAGAAUUUCAUAUGAAGAAGGUUUCUUCUAUUUUCACAUUCAUUGACCUCACAAAAUAAAAAGGGUAAUCCAUAUUCAAAGGGUUUUGCUCAGUUACGCUAUAUAGUCUUAAGUUAGAAAUUGUAAUAUUGGAGCGUGAUUCUGUUGUACAUAUAUACUUCGUCAGAAUUAUUGUACAGAGCCAAUAGUAUGUCUUAAAGGCUUGUUGGUUUGAUGUUACUUUUAUUCAUUGUAUUACAUUUUCGAAAUUGUAUGUUUCCAAAUUAAAUGUAACAUUGUUAUUCAAUUUUGUUUUAUCAUAGAACAAAAGUAUGUACACUGUUUUUGUUGUUUAUUGCAAUCAAAAGUUGUUUUUUGUGUUUUUGUGUUUUGUGUUUUGUUUUUGUUAAUAUAAAUGACCUUUGUAAUUUUA